CCUUCGCGCUCUCCAGGCCUGUCAACACCUUGCCCGACUGUGGAGGUGGGCGGUGAUCCAUCCCGUGAGGAUCCUCCAGUCUCUGCCGAGCACCGUGACUUCUGGGGGGACAAGGGAGAGACACCGGGCACGCAGACUUCAACUGGGUUGACCUUCACUCCCUUCAGGGCAGCAGAGCCCGGAGCACCCGACUCUGCCCACCACCGGGAGGAACCUAGAGAGCGCUCGCCCGGUGGACAACUCGCCAGGCAGACACUGGGAGUGAGUCGGAAGAGCCAGCGCCUUGGAGAGGUGGCAUGGAGCGCGUGGGUGCGCGCGGAGCCCUCACCCCUAACAGCUAAGUGCAGCGCGGCGGGAGGGAGAGGCUCAGAGCAACAGGUAUGGUCUGGAGCCACUCCAGGGGCAAAGGAGCACAGCCAGCAGGUACCCAGAGCCCGUAAGGCGCAGAGAGGGCUCUCUCCACUUGCAGACUGCAGCAGGCGCGUUCCCUCCUCUCCAGCUUAGUGACCGCGCAGCGGUCGGUCGGAGGCACCCAGGAGUCUGGGGGACCUCUGGGAUCUCGACCAUCUCCGGUUUGGGUCCGCGCCUCCUGUCCGCAAGACCCGGCACAAAGGCACGCCAUACACUGCUCGAGAUCGAAGCGCCCCUAGUCCUGUUCAUCCGGGAGGAUCCCUAGUGCUCUGCGCUGGAAUCCCCGGCGGCUCCCAGCGCCUGCUUUCCCAGGCAAGCGCUCCUUUCUGUGCGCCCCGCCACCCUGCUCCGCAGCGGGUAAUGGAGUUGGCGACUGCGAACUUCAGUGAGGGGAACGCGAGCGGGCCCGAACCUCCCUCCUCGGAGGCACCGCCGCUCUUCGGCAUGGGCGUGGAGAACUUCGUCACGCUGGUGGUGUUCAGCCUGAUCUUCGCGCUGGGCGUGCUGGGCAACAGCCUGGUGAUCACGGUGCUGGCGAGGAGCAAGCCCGGCAAGCCGCGCAGCACCACCAACCUGUUCAUCCUCAACCUGAGCAUCGCCGACCUGGCCUACCUGCUCUUCUGUAUUCCUUUCCAGGCCACCGUGUACGUGCUGCCCACCUGGGUGCUGGGCGCCUUCAUCUGCAAGUUCAUCCACUACUUCUUCACGGUGUCCAUGUUGGUCAGCAUCUUCACUCUGGCCGCGAUGUCGGUGGACCGCUAUGUGGCCAUUGUGCACUCUCGGCGCUCCUCCUCCCUGAGGGUGUCCCGCAAUGCGCUGCUGGGCGUGGGCUUCAUCUGGACACUGUCGAUUGCCAUGGCCUCACCUGUGGCCUACCACCAGGGCCUCUUCCACCGGGACGUCAGCAAUCAGACCUUCUGCUGGGAAGAGUGGACCAACAAGAGCCACAAGAAGGCCUACGUGGUGUGCACCUUCGUCUUCGGCUACCUGCUGCCGCUGCUGCUGAUCUGCUUCUGCUACGCCAAGGUCCUUACUCAUUUGCAUAAAAAGCUGAAGAACAUGUCAAAGAAGUCAGAAACGUCCAAGAAAAAGACGGCGCAGACGGUCCUGGUGGUGGUGGUGGUGUUUGGGAUAUCUUGGCUGCCCCACCACGUCAUCCAUCUCUGGGCCGAGUUCGGGGUCUUCCCGCUGACCCCGGCCUCCUUCUUCUUCAGGAUCACGGCCCACUGCCUGGCCUACAGCAACUCCUCGGUGAACCCCAUCAUAUACGCGUUUCUCUCCGAGAACUUCAGGAAGGCCUACAAGCAAGUGUUCAAGUGCCACGUCCACAACGAAUCACCGCCCAGUGACAAUAGAGAGACCAGAAGUCGAGUGGACACCCCUCCGUCCACCAACUGCACUCACGUGUGAGCCCAGGCCCAGCUCUCCCGGUGCGAGCCCACCCAGGCCCUGGGCGGCCUCUGCGGUUCCCACCUUUCAGAUGCGUGUUCAAGAGUAACUCUGACCCACUUAGGAACUCCCAGGUUCAGUGAAGAGCGUUCUUCAGUCUUAUUUUCUUCCUAAAUUGUAAUUCAGAAACAAAACAAAAAGGCCAACCAGUUCUAGACCUCUUAAAGAGGUCAGUAGAGUUCUAUAAUGUGUUCAAUUCUUCAUGAAAUAAGAACAGGCCCCAUAAAUAUAGUGAAGAAUAUCUGCAAUCUACAUUUUAAAGUAGAUUUAUUUAGAAAAAAAAACUUUGAUGUUUUAAUCCUCAGUUUUAAGAGAAGUCAUAUUAGAAGCUAUGUGUUUUAAAGUAUGGUUGUGCACGUAGAGUGAUGACUGUCAUCCUUCAGCUGUUUACACACGUCUGCACUGUGGAGAGAGGCCCCCUGGAGUCUGUGGAGUGGGUGGCCUCUGCUCCCCUGGUAAGCCGCAUGCAGGCCUUCUGCAGAUAGGCUGCACCUGUCUGUGACCCCGAGGCCAUCAAGUCCACCUCAAGAGGACAGUGUAGGCUGUGUCAGGAGCUCUGUCCCUGAACUUGGGCUCUUGUGGUUCACUGUGUGGACCAGAGGAAGGAGUUGCUGUGCCCUGCUUAUGGGAGCUGCACAGGACGUAUUGCAGGCUGCUGCUGAGGUUUGGCGUGUGCAGCUGGCGAAGCCCAGAGCUGGGCCUGCAGCGGAGCCACCAUGAGGGCUUAGAAAGUUGGUGAGGAUGAUGUGGAGACAGUAGGUUAUUGGGGCAAAGGUUGGAUCAGUAAGUCCCACGAGCAGUGGUCUUGCCACAUGGACAAGGCAUGCCCAUUGUUUGAUAAAUAUCAUCAGAUGAAAACAAAUCUCAUGAAAGAAAAUACCAGAAACAUUCCGUCUUAUAUGAGAAUAGGCUUUUUCAUCAAAUUUGUACCAAUGUUUAAUGUAUUUUUCACCAAAUAUCAUUCCCUCUGGUAAUGUUGAUUUGGAGUUAAGAUCUUCACACUAGAGUUCCAAAUGUGAUUUUCACAAUAAUUUCAUGUUUAUUCAUGUUAACAAUGAGAAAAUGAUAUGGACUAUCAAAUCGUGUGUACUAGGAAAGUCAUUUUCAGGUGCAAGACUAGUGUAUUUUUGGACACUAAAACAGGGAGAUUUCUUGUGAAAAGGGUUUUGUGAAGCAUAUGCCUGUGUCAAAUCAGAACUCCAUGUGAAAUGUAAAAUUUUAGAUUAAAAAACCCAAGUCCAGCGGGAGCCUUUGGCACCCUAACUUUGCUAGUUCAUAACUAUACCCCGGUGCACAGGGUUUACCUUUGGAAAGGUGUAAGUAACUCUGGACAGAAUAGGAGAAAAUUGUUAGGAUGAUGAGAAAUUAUGAGGUUUCAUGAAUAUUCUAGGGAAGGAGGUGGGACAGGUGGAGGUGAAAGAGCUUUGUGAGUCCUGUGCAUGGGCGGUUUUUGCACUUUAUUGAAAUACGGGAGCAGAAAAUUAGUAUCCUGGGGAUGAGACCCCAUGGGACUGGGGAGCGGGAAGCUGCCGCUGCAGACCUGCAGACCACAGGGCCAGCCCGUGCACGGGCCACGCUGUGGAGUGCUUCCUGUGCUCCAACCUGCUUGCCUGGGCUUCGCUUCAGGGUUCAGAUCACAGCACUUGAAUGGGACUGUUGAAAACGCGGGGGUGAUGCUGCUUUUCUUGGAUCGUGAGUGAGCCUGCUUCAGGGUCUAUUUCCCCUGUUCCUGCAUGGCCUUGGUCCUCCCCCGAUGCUGCUGGUCCAGCACAGGCUCGAGUAAUAAUGCACUUGCACCCCCACCCACCCCGGUUUGCUUUACAUAUGUGCAAGCUGCGGAACAUGAAUGCAGACUGCUACACUUAAUCUUUAGGUAGCUUGUUCUUCCUGCACAUUGCCAUUCUAGUCAGUUGCUCCUGUUUUGAGUUUAGGUCGAGUCUUCUUCUAAAACAAAUUUGAGUAUGGGCAGUAGCUUACUUCCUGCAGUGAUCUAAACCUGUGUGAAAUGAUCUGAAUGGGUGGUUCUGGGCGCUCUGUGGCAGAGCUGUUACCUGGAGAAGUGUAGGAGCCCUGUGCCUCUGCCGGGCGUUUGCAGGUGUUGUCCCUAAUAUUAAUUACCAUGCCUGGUGUGGAAGUGCCUUCCCUUGUACGACUGAGCUGCGAGGCCUUUGUGCGUCUGGGAGAGGUGUACCUCUCCUUCGGGCAGCCAGGCAGUGAGGAGGUGCUGCCUGUGCCUUUGAAGUCAGGCUGUGAGAACCACGCUCUCAGAGUACUUCAGAGAGAACUGAGGCUUUCUGCCCAGGUUUGGCUGCUUCAGGGCCCGAAACACUGCCACUUUUCUGUGAUUUUUGCUUUUACAUGGGGAAACAGAUGGGUUCAGGAAUAUUUAAACAGAUGAAAUGCUUGCUCUUUUAUGUGUGCAGAUGACAACUCCGGUUUCCCACUGAUGAACAUGGUGAUGUGGGUGGGAACACUCUCCUAUUUUACCUUCCUAGGAGAUAUCCUUAAAGAGUCAUUCUGGGUUAUUCUGAUCACGCAUGAGCUCAGCAGCAUGGCAGACUAGGGCCAGUUUCAGGAUAUUUUAGGACAAGCACUUUUGCUUGAUCUACAGUGUCUUAUUCUACACAUUGGGAGUAAAGUCAUCAUUUCCUGACCCCUCCCCAACCUCCUGUCUCUCGUCUUCUCCUCUCUGCUAGCUUCUUGCAGAGUUCAUCACCCUAAUGCUUACCACGGUUGAGUUCCUCCAACCCUGACGGCGUGAGUCGGUGGAGAGCAGAGGGGAUGUCUGCAUCACAUGAGUCACACGGGGUGCAGACUUCUUGUGACUCAGCUUUGAGUCCUGCUGCUGGUCGUCUCGGGUGCACUGAGACCUGCAGUGCUAAUUCUACUGCUCGUGGAAUCCGAGACUGGCAGCCUCUGUGCAGGGGAGGACAGCACACCUGAGCCUCGGCUCCCUUCCCCUGUGGCCACAGACACCUCGCAGAGCUCCAGUGCCGGGGUUGGAGCAGCACUGCCCUGAGGAAAGCAAGGUGCCGCCAGCUUCCUCAUGCUCUGCUUCAGUGACUUGCCACAUCCAUGCGUGUGACUCAGCAGCCGUGGGAAGUGGGAGAAUGCAUCCGUGUGGCUUCUUCUCGGGAAACUCACCGUCUGCCCAGUGUGAAUUUCAUUUGCAUGGGCUGCAAAUGUUUCCUAUGUGUUAAAGCGGCUUGUCGGUGGCUGUUGGAGGGAAUCAGAUUCUUUUUGCCUGUUAAGAUGUUGCACAUUAGGUUUCUUCUCAAUUAGAUGCUGAUGACCUGUUCAUGACUUGCGUAUUUUAUGACUGCAGAUAGAGUGAAAUUCUUAAAUUCUCACCCUAAUUUGUUGGCAUGGAAAUAAAAAUGAUCAUAUGGGAAUUAUACCAGGUUUUAAUUGACAGCGAAUUUGGUGUUUUCUCCCUUGGAAGUGGAGAAGCUGAGCUUGACGUACCAUUUGCGAUGCUCAGACACCUUUGGUACGCUGUGCCUGGGCAGGGCGAGCGUUUCUGCUGUCUCUGAUAUUGGCAUUGUGAUGCACUGGUCAGGGGCGUGGCUGGCUCGCUGGUGAGGGUGUCUUUUUCUUGGUGUGGCAGGCUGGCCUGCCAUCCUGAGUCCACCAUAUCUACUUCCUGAGCCAGCUGUAGAAAUGCCAGCAGGCCCCGAGCAGAUGCUUCUCUGCGGGACUCAGUGCUGCCCGUGAAGUGGCUGGUGAGCUCUCCUGCGCCCCAUCAGCUUCGUCAUGUGCCCUACACACUAGGGCUCUGUCCUGGUGCAUCCGUAGAGGAAGGGCCAGGAUGGUGGGUGGCAGUGCCGAGACAGGGAAGGUGGCAUGUGAGAAACCACCCCAGGUGGGGUUCCCAUCCCUCUCUCAGUACUGCUGCUCCUGCUGUGUUAGAUCACUGCUCGAGGAGCAGAUCCCUUAGCGGGAGGUUGCAAUGGCGCGUCUGUGGGGAAAACUUCCUCUUUCUGCCGGAGAGCGGUUUCUGGAUAUCACAAGGUACAAGGCACAGCUCCAGAUUUCUAACUGCUAGAGAAGUCAAAGGGAAGAAAAGACCACUGGCCGCCAGAGUAUGUGGAACUGGGUUCAGUAAAUGAGCUCUGUAGCCGCAUGGGGAAUGGGGAUCCUUGCAGCUGCCUCUGGGCUGGACUGAGUUCCGUGCCCUCAGGUUCAGGGGACCCUGGACACUGAAUCAGUUCAGCUGGUUGCAUGUGGAUUGUGAAGGGGCCUUGCGUCCUCACACUCUGAAGGUCUUGUGGACCUGCCAGCACUUUAGUUCCCUUCAGCGGCUGGCUUGGGACAGCCACACCACCAUGCCAUGUGAUGGUGUCCUGCGGUGUCCAGGACCUAGGGGGGUCCAGUGCCACUCUUCCAGAUGGCAGGCACCCCAGGGAGUGGGGCUGGCCCUCCAGGCGCUCCCCAGGGUGGGGGGGCCUUGCAGGGCAGGUUUGUCUGUGGGGCCUACCUGCUGAUGUGUCCCGUGGAGGAAGAGGGUUUCUGGGGACUGAGAUCAGUGCCUGUCCUGGACAAGGAUGGCACUUCAGGCCUUCUGGAUGUCACGGGCUGAUCCAGGCACCUAAAUUGUUCAUGAGAUCACAGGGCAUGAUUUCAGAUAGGCUUCUCCUCCCAGAUCCGCCCACACGUCUCUGCUUCAGUCAGCCCGGGGCCGUGCGUGGAGCAGUAACUGACAAUCAGCUGGAGAAGAGGUGGUUUAGGAGCGGGCCAUCCCUCUGUGGAGCUGACGUUUCCAGUGACUCUUUCCUUCCCACCAGGGUUUCCCCUGUGUUUGUCUUUCAUGCUCUUCUGCUCCUCUCUUAUGGUUAGUUGUAUUUCUGCACUUGGAUCUUGCAGGGUCUGUCAGGGUUGAGGGGUUUGCAAAAGCCCAGGCCCACACCUCCCGUGUCCUCACGGUUGUGUCUGGAUUCAGGAUUUCCCUGUUUGUACAGCAGGGUGUAAGAAACACGAGCUUCAUAAGCAAAUCAGACUGUACCAGAUCUCAGGGGCCUUCAGUCAGAUGCAUGAGAGCAGGCCUCACUGGGGUGCUGCCCCCGAUGGGCUUUGUGCCCCUGAGAACUGGCUCCCUGGGAGUGGUGGGCCUGUGUCCUUACUUCUGAAAUGGUGUCACUCAAAGCCAACGUUGGCCAGCAGCAUGAGAAAGAUCCCAGCUGCGGUCUCAGAGGGCAGCGGCAGCAGUGCUAUGCUCUGGUCUCCUUAGGAGAAGGUCCUCAGCUUCACAGAGCAACAGAAUCCCCAGGGGCUGCUCAGCAGACUGCUGGGCACUCCUCCUGGUUGGCACCGGGGUGGGCUGGAGUGAGGUCUGAGAUGUGCAUUCUCUUGAUCACACUGGACCUGGUCUCCUGACGGUGGGCGCUGCAGCUCUCACCCUCUAGGGAGCUGGGUGCAGACUCAUCUCAUCACUGUUAGCUGCAGAAUGAUUGCCGCAGGCUUCAAAGCCAGAACCCAAAACUAAGAGUUAAACUUCAUCCAUUUACCACCACAGAGUCACUCUGAAUCACCCUACCUCUGUGCGCUGCAUGAAAUCUGGCUGGACUUUGUGAUGUGAACCCGUUUUCUUUAAUUGAAAUAAAAUUUGUUCUUCAAAGUGUUUAGUUUAA